AUGGGCUGGCUCGACUCACUUUGGGGAAAGAGGAGUGACGAUCCGUUGCAAGACCUUGACCCCAAAGUCCGCGAAUUCCUGCGCAAGGAAGUUCCCAUCAAGUACGACGGCAGCAAGCCGAAGGAGGAUGGACAAGGUCAGCAGGCGAUAGAGGGAAAACCGGGUUCAGCGACCACACCCACCGAUCAGACAGAAAAGCCCAAUCCAUCAUCGAACACAGUACCAAAGGAAUCACUCUACCAGGACGGUCGUUAUGCGCACCUGUGGAAGACGUACAAGCCGCUGGGCGAGAUCGAGAGCGAGACCAAGUCAGACCACGAGAAGUUGCAGGAUGUGCUAGAUUCUUUCAAAGGCCGCAAGGCGGCGAUCGGGCAGGCAGCCUUGGAGAACUGCUCCGAGGAACAGCUCGACUGGAACAACUGCAUGAAGAGCGGGUCACUGAAGGCGCGCAUGACCAUGUGUAGCGACGAAGUGCGGAAGUUUGAGAGAUGCUACAACAUGCAGUCGAGACUUCUAAAGGCCCUAGGCUACAUCAAUGCGGUUGAUCACUCUCCUGAGAUGGAUGAGAGAAUACAAAUGCACGCGGACAAGCUCUACCACCAGAUGCUCGAGCAAGAGGCUGCCAUCGAGAAGGCCAAGGCGGAAGGGCUGCCCGAGCCCAAAUUCGAGCCUUUUGUGCCCAAGGUCAGCCAUGACCGCGUCGCGAAUAUGAGCGAGGAGGCGAAGAAGAGGUACCAAGACGCGCUAGCAAAGGUGGACGAAAAAGAGCGGGAGGCUGAGGCGGCUGCGAUACAGGCCGAGCUGAGGUCCAAGGAGGCUAUGGUGGGCAGGGUGAAGGAAUUGUGGAAGGAGCAGGAGGCGGAGAGGCAGGCCCGCAAGGCAAGGGGCGAAGAAACCUUCAAGGACAAGGUGGCGGCAGUCUUCGGCACUCCUAACUCAACAUCGGACAACAAGAAGUAA